UAUGUAUAUAAUAUAAACAGAAAUAGAAAGAACACCAUAAGAGAGAAAUAGAAAGAGAGAUUCCUUAAAAAUGGAAAAAAAAGAAGAAGCAGCAGAAAAACUUAUAUAUGGUGACAUGGAAAUGGCAGAAAGAGGAGUAGUAAUAGUCCCAAUAACAAAUCAUAAGAUAGAGCUAACAGUAGAUGAAGUGAUAGAAGAGCAUGUUGGAUCCUUAGGUUUUUCUCAAUUACUGCAUGUGUUUUUGGUCUCUUUGGCUUGGAUUUUUGACUCGCAGAACACAUUGGUUACUAUUUUCAGCGACGCACAACCACCUGCCUGGAAAUGUAAAUUGCCUAUCCAUGCAAAUAAUACAGCAUCCUUUUCCAGUUUGUGUAGCUCCGAAAAUGGAUACGGGUCUGGAUCGGUUUGUGGGUUAGCACCCGGAACAUGGGAAUGGGUUGGUGGGAAUACAAGCUCUACUAUUGCUGAAUGGAGUCUUAUAUGUGAUCGCAGGUUCCUUGCUGGUGUACCUGCUUCCCUCUUCUUUCUUGGUUCUCUAUUAGGCUCUGCAGUUUAUGGGUUCCUAGCAGAUAAAUACCUGGGUAGAAAAAGAGCAGUGCUCCUUUCCUGCAUUCUAACCUCUAUAACUGCUUUCCUCACUUCUCUUUCACCAAACGUUUGGAUAUAUUCAUUCCUUCGUUUUGCAAACGGUUUCGCCCGGUCCGGUAUAGGUAUAUGCUGUCUUGUUCUAUCAACUGAAGCUGUUGGUCGAAAAUGGCGUGGUCAAGUCGGCCAAUAUGGCUUCUUUUUGUUCACUGCAGGCUUUCUUUCUCUCCCUUUUAUAGCCUAUCCUACAAGAACUUCAUGGAGGAAUUUAUACAGAAUCAUUUCUCUUUUUCCUCUUGUCUACUCCAUCUUGUUUAUUCCUUUUAUUUCUGAGUCACCUCGUUGGCUUCUCGUCAGGGGUAGAAGUAAAGAAGCUAUUUAUAUAUUAAAAAGAUAUGCAAAACUUAAUGGCAAGAAGCUGCCUUCAAAUUUAACACUUGCAAAUCCAUCAAUAUCUAAGGUAGUUGAAAACGGGGCUGGAGUUGCAAGUGAAAGCGAAGCAAAAGUAGAUACAAAUGAAAGCCUAUGGAAUAAUAAAUGGGCCGCUAAAAGAAUGAUUAUGGUUAUGAUAGCUGGUUUUGGAGUUGGAUUUGUUUACUAUGGUAUUCAACUAAAUGUCGAAAACCUCGACUUCAAUCUCUACUUCACCGUUGCUCUCAAUGCAUUAAUGGAGAUUCCUGCAGUUUUCAUAGGAAGUGUGCUUUUAAGCUUCACAAACAGGCGUUUGCUGUUUUCUCAGUCUGCAUAUAUAGCUGGAAUUUCAUGCAUACUCUGCAUACUUUUCUCGCGAAGAGCAAAGGCUGAUAAAUCCGGUGGGAGUUGGACUCAACUUACUAUUGAAGGCAUCGGUUUCAUGGCAGCUUCAACAGCAUUUGAUGUUAUGUAUAUUUACUGCGUUGAGCUUUUCCCUACUAAUGUUAGAAACUUCGCUGUUUCGAUGUUGAGGCAAUCGCUGAUGCUAGGCGCUUCUAUAGCGCCUCUGCUGGUGGUGGUUGGUCGUUGGAGUCCAUCUCUUUCAUUUCUUGUCUUUGGACUGCUUUCUAUCUUUAGUGGUACUCUGAGUUUAUGGCUACCUGAGACAAGAAAUGCUCCUCUUUAUGAGACAUUAAAGCAACAAGAAGAAGAUGAGAAACAGAAUUGUGAAGUAAAAUAAUGAUUCUAAUAUCAAAAGAAGAAGAGGACUAGUCCUUCAACUUGUACAAAUGUCUUAGUUUUUUUUUUUUUUUUAAAUUCUAUGUUAUGUAAUUGUUUGCUGAAUACUGUAAUUCUGUGGUUAAAGAAACAGAAAAUGUCAUUUGUAAAAAAUUCGUUAUCUAUCCAAGUCUGUAACAACCACAAAUGCAAUUAUUCUCUAUAUAUUCCACUGUUUAUAUGAUAGGGUAGAAUUGAACCCCUUAAUCUUCCACUGCUUGGUGAACAACCAGUGAAA